AUGGUUUUAGACACGCAAAUUCAGCUGAUUCGUGACGAGAAUCGACCAGAAAACGAGGUUUUCCUGUGUCCGAGCGCCGAUAUUCACGAGCAAUGCCCGAAAAUGACUAUCAAAACGGGUUCGAGCCUGUCAAUGGACGCCCAAGGAAUAAACGUUUGCGUCGGCCAUCCCACCGAGCGUCACGACUACAGCACCCGCUUCAAGGCCGUCAGCAAUGGAACCAAUAUUUACAAGUGAGAAUACGUCGCGAUAAAAUUGCGCUUCUUCUCUCCAGAUGCAAAGAGAACGACCGCGAUGUUCUGUACGGAAUGACGCAAAGAACGCCGCCGCUCGUGGAAGUCGCGAGACACGUGGACGAUUGGUGCAAAGUGGCGACGGAGGGAUUCGGAAAGAUCGUCAUCAACAUUGUAAGCAUUCACUCAGAUUUUCCGCUCACCGAAAAUAGUAUCUUUCAGCCGAGAUGGCCGGCCAGAAACGUGUACGAAAACACUCAUCAGGUGGCGUCUUGUCAAGAGUUUGUGAUUCAUUCGAACGACGAGACGACAAUCACAUUCUGGAUCAAUAGAAUUCAGUCGGGACCGAGGUCUCUCACAAUCAAGCCGGAGAUCGACGCCGUCUUCCGAAGAUUCAAAAGGCCUGAUCUGCUGUCGAGAGAGUUCGCUCAGUUGCCAGUGGUAUGUGGGCGGCUUCGGAAUCAGAUAAUGUGAAAACGGAAAGCAUUUCAGUGGACAAAUGAGCAGCUGAAAGAGCUCGUUCUGAUGCACUGGGUGCCGUUCACCGACAGGGAGUUCCUGCGGCUCAGAGUUCCCUGGUUCGAGAUCAUGUCGGAGUCCGUGUCCGACAACGCCAUCAAUCAAUAUCUUCAUGUAAGCGAAACUUGUGCACUCAAAAAUCAUUCCGUUUUGUUUUCAGUUGUGGUCGAGCGGCGCCCUCAAGAAUACGAAACGAAUCGGAAUCUCCGUUGAGCGUCCGAUCGAUACCGCCGUCAUUCUGAAAGGACUUCUCGUAGUUCCGUGGGACGACGAAUUCUGCGAGAAAAUGACGGAUUUGGCCAUGUCGAAACGUUCCGGAGAGACGCGCUACACAGUGUUCCGCUCGACGGACGAGUCGAACGGCGCGGCGGGAUCAGUACGUUUCUGCAGCAACGGAACUCUGUCUAUCACGCUGGACGAUUCGGUGUUCUUCGACGUGGGCACUUCGAACUUUGACCACGAACAGAAGCUUAACGAAACUCAGCGCGAGAGGGCUGCCAUCGCUCCCUAG